AUUCCCCUUCUUCUGCAGCAAAGUGAAAUGGAGGGAAUAUCUUUAGUUGUGUCUUUAUUAAAGAAAAUUCCUCUUUUUUGAAUUGAAAAACCUCAUUUAAGAACCAUUGUUUGGUUAAUUCAAUUCGGCACGCAAUAUAAUGUUCUUGACUCUUGCACUAAUCAAAUUCAAGCAGCUCUGUCUUAGUGUGUACUCAAAGAACAGCUCCUCCUGUGAACAUUUAUACUAGAUCAGGAGUCUGAAUAAUUUUUUCUGCGAUAAUGUCACAACCAGUGUUACAAGUUUAUUCGCCGCCUUUCCCUACUCAGGUCAUGACAAGGCCUGCAGCUGCACACCACUCACAUGAGUCGUUUGGGACGGUGUUCAUAGUCCUUGCUGUUAUAGUUGUUAUAUCUGCAAUAGCUUGUGUUCUUGGACGGAUAUGCAGCAGACGCCAAGGUCAUCCAAAAGGUGCUUAUCGUUCUAGAGAUAAGGAGCCUAGGCAAAACCACCAUUCUCAGCCUAAAGAAGGGGAUAUAGAAUUUGGUUUUGAUAAGAGAUUUUCAAGUUCUAAGGUUGCUGCAAACGAAGACUUUGGAGGGCCUAAUGUGAAAUUUGGUUUUGACAAGAGAUUUCCAAGUGGUAAAGGACCUGCUAAUGAAGAACCUAGAGGGCCUCAAGCAUUUCACAAUGGUGCAGAUGGUGGUGAAGGAGGUGCACAAUUUGGAUUUGAUAAGAGAUUUCCAAGUGGUAGAGAAGCUACCAACGAAGAACUGAGGGGCCCUACGACGUUUCACAGUGCUGCAACUAGUAGAGGGGAAGGAAGCAUAGAAUUCGGAUUUGAUAAGCGAUUUCCAAGUGGAAAAGGGCCUGCAAAUGAAGGAAUAAGAGGGCAUAAGCCCAUUCACAAUGGCCAGUCGAAAAGGGUAACAAGGUUUGCUGGUGAUGGGAACUAACUACUGGUGUUUCAUAGUAUUGCAUGAAGAUCUUCCUCAUGUAGCCUUAAUAUCUCUUAAAUUUUCUUAUUUUUCGAUUAAAUUUCUGUUUCAUAAACUAACAUUGGUGUGUGAAAAGAAGAAUUGUAAGAUAAUGGUCUUUUUAUCUGUCUGCUUUGUAAUGGUAUAUGGUAUACUGGUCUGGUUAAGUUUAAAGAACUGCAGAAAUCAACAGCAAGUUGAUUGUCACAGUUGAUGUGUGUAGUACAGACAUCUUUGUAUAUUUCAGAAUUUUCUUUAUCUGUA